CAUUUGCUUGCUUAAAAAGUCAGUCUGCAUCAAACAUUUUCUCCUUCGUUGCUUUCAAACCCUUUGAUAAUGGCAAUCAACAAGAGUGAAAGGAAGUAAAAGUUGAUUGAAGUUCAAGGUGAACAACAAAAAAGGGAAGACGUCAUUCUAUUUUGCAACUUCAACUGUAUCUCCAACUUGAACGUGCCACAUCGCCUUGCUCGCCUGUGGAUUUAUUUACAGAUUACUUGGAUAAAGCGACUGAUUCCUUCCACAUCGCCAUCUGAACCUUCUGUCCUGACUUCAAGAAAUCCCUCCAUAUUACUGUUUGAUCCGACAAUGAAGCUCCUUCCAACCCUCCUCGCAGCCGCGCUCUCGCUUACCCACCUUGCUUCUGGAACUCCCAGCGGUCUGGAAAUCGAAUACCUGACGCCCGAGAUUGAGUGCACACGCAAGACAACCAAGGGAGAUCAAAUCGAGGUACACUACCGUGGGUCCUUACAAAGCACCGGCGAGGAAUUCGACUCCAGCUAUUCGCGGGGCCGGCCUUUGCCUUUCAAACUGGGCGCAGGGGCUGUCAUUAAGGGCUGGGACGAGGGCCUUCUUGACAUGUGCAUUGGCGAGAAACGGAAGUUGACGAUUCCCCCUGAGUUGGGUUACGGCGAGAGAGGCAUCGGACCGAUUCCGGCCAACAGUGUGCUGGUCUUUGAGACGGAAUUGGUGGGGAUCAAGGGUGUCAAGAAGGAUGAAUUGUGAAUGAUGGAGAAAGAGAUGACUUGUGAUGUUGUUUACAAGUGACAAUGUCCAUAAAAAGGCUAGGAGGGUGGACGGACGAGAUAUGUCAAGACAGAACACGGGGAGCCUUUCGCGGACUUAGUCUUUCACACGGUCAAAGUCGAUGGCCGGCACUGAAAAGCAUUUGAAACGCCUCGAGCAAAGCAGUCUACAGUCCCGUCCAGACUCGCAUCAUUCAAUAUGCCGAAUUUGUCUCUUCUAGUACAGCAAUCCUGCGAACACAAAAUCAAAAGUCUUUCAAUCCAUGUCGUCUAGCCCACCACUUGUAUCAUCUGUUUCUUCUUCAUCGCCAACUAAGAUCCCUACCAAGCAUUCACUAAGCAUGCCGUCCCAGUUCACCCAUGGAUGCACCUCCAUGAACAGCUUGACGGAAUCUUUGCCCGCGCCUCUCAUAAGCUCGCCUGCCCCUCCAGGAUGGAAUGGAACGUACGGUGUGAUAUUAUAUACCCUUCCAUUAUAGACUGUCCAGGCAUCUCUUCCUUUUCUCCCAUUCUGCAUCUUCAGCCGUGCCGGGGUCACUCGCAUCAGGUUCUCUGGAGCGUCUUUGCCCCUUAGGCGACUGUUGGGGUUGGAUGUGAGGGCAGCCCAAUCAAGCGGUGAAUGGCCCGGCUCUAGGACGACCUUUUGGGAGACUUGCUUACCCGGCGGCAUGAUAGAAGAGGUUGGCGCCAUGGAUGCGUUGGAGAGGACUUUAGUGGGAGGUACGCGCAGUGAAGCCGCUGCGGAGGGUGGUGGACGCAUGAAGCCAUUGCCAGGUCGAGGUGGAGCUGCGAAACUUGCAGGCUUCAAUCGCGGUGGACUUGAAGACCUGGGCUUGAUAGAUGGUGGUGGCAGCGCGGGCUUCAACGACGCUUGCGGCGUCUCCAACCGUUUUGCAGGCUCUUCCUCCAUCGCGUGUACACCUGCGCUGAUACUCUUUCCUGUUUCCGGAAGCCUUGUGUGAACCUGAGAGACCUCUUUGAACACCG